CGGCUCUCACAACACAAUUUCUCUGGAAUAGCAGCAGAGCGAAGGCACAACAACGGCACUAUGAGGCCUCAGUGGAAAGGCAGGUGACAGAAUGCCAUUCAUUGUAAGAGGACGACCCCUGAGGGGGGCACAGUACGCCGGCAACAAAAGGUCCACUGAUGCAUCGGCCCUCUGGUCAGAAAGUCAAACUCAUCUGCACCAACUCAAUCCACCUGAGCCCCUGCAUGCCCCUGCAAGCAGGGGCAAGCCUGUUGGUUCGUCUCAUGGACUCCUUGGAGCAAACAGCGGCACCCAGGUCCACGCUGGCACUGGUUCUGGUGUCAGCCCAGUUCUUGCUUGGCAUGCGGCUAUUAAGGCCGCUCGCCAAGCGCAGGGCGAUGUUGCAAAGUCUGACAUGAGUCCACAAGCAUCAGCAUGCACCGCGGGAGCUGCGCCCGUUGGCUCCUUGGCACAGAGAAAGAGGCAGCAGUAUGCCAAGAGUAAAAAACAGGGGGGGUCCACUAACAGCAGGCCACCUAGAGCGUUAUUCUGCCUGACGCUCAACAACCCCAUCCGCAGGGCCUGCAUCAGCUUGGUGGAGUGGAAACCAUUCGAUAUAUUUAUACUGUUGUCAAUUUUUGCUAACUGUGUGGCCUUAGCCAUCUACAUCCCUUUCCCUGGAGAUGACUCCAAUUCCACCAACCAAGAGCUGGAAACAGUCGAAUAUGCCUUCCUAAUCAUUUUCACUAUUGAGACAUUUAUGAAGAUUAUUGCCUACGGCCUGGUCAUGCACCAGAACUCCUACGUCAGAAAUGGCUGGAACAUGCUGGACUUUGUCAUCGUCAUCGUAGGCUUGUUCAGUGUGGUCCUGGAGAUGAUAACCAAAGACGCUGACUCGGGUGGCCAGACAGGAGGCAAGCCUGGCGGGUUUGACGUCAAGGCCCUCCGAGCCUUUCGAGUGCUUCGCCCCCUUCGCCUUGUCUCUGGAGUUCCCAGUCUGCAGGUGGUUUUAAACUCCAUCAUUAAAGCCAUGGUCCCUCUACUUCACAUCGCUCUGCUGGUCCUGUUCGUCAUCAUUAUAUAUGCCAUCAUCGGCCUGGAACUCUUCAUUGGCAAAAUGCACGCUACUUGCUAUGUGAUAAAAACAGGUGCCCUGGCAGAAGAGGAGCCAACGCCAUGUGCUGUGUCUGGCAAUGGUCGUCAUUGCACACUAAACUCGACUGCGUGCAGAGAAGGCUGGCAAGGCCCAAACAAUGGCAUCACCAACUUCGACAAUUUCUUAUUUGCCAUGCUGACUGUGUUCCAGUGCAUCACCAUGGAGGGCUGGACUGAUGUACUCUACUGGAUGAAUGAUGCCAUGGGUUUUGAGCUGCCAUGGGUCUACUUUGUCAGUCUGGUCAUCUUUGGGUCCUUCUUUGUUCUUAACUUGGUUUUGGGUGUCCUCAGUGGCGAAUUCUCCAAAGAGCGAGAGAAAGCCAAGGCACGAGGUGACUUCCAGAAGCUGCGUGAGAAGCAGCAGCUGGAGGAAGACCUGAAAGGAUACCUUGACUGGAUCACUCAAGCCGAGGACAUUGAUCCUGAGAACGAAGAAGAUGGAGACGAGGAGGGAAAGCGCAACAGGGUCACAUUAGCGGAUCUCACUGAGAAGAAGAAGGGAAAGUUUGGCUGGUUCACCCAGUCCACAGAGACGCAGGCAAGCGUGCCCACAAGUGAGACUGAGUCUGUAACCACUGACACGCACAGUGGUGAGGACGACAAAUGGCUAUGCUGUGCUCCUCUUUGUAAAAAAAUUACUAAGUCAAAGUGCAGUCGUCAGGGGCGACGGUGGAAUCGUUUCUGUCGCAGAAAGUGUCGUGCUGCAGUGAAAUCUGUGACAUUCUACUGGCUGGUCAUCAUCUUGGUUUUCCUCAAUACUCUCACCAUCGCCUCGGAACACUACAACCAACCAGACUGGCUCACCGAAGUUCAGGAUGUAGCCAAUAAAGUUCUCCUGGCCAUGUUCACAUUGGAGAUGUUGGUGAAGAUGUACAGUUUGGGGCUGCAGGCCUACUUUGUUUCCUUGUUCAAUCGCUUUGAUUGUUUCGUGGUGUGCGGCGGCAUCAUGGAAACAUUCCUGGUGGAGUUGGCCCUCAUGUCUCCACUCGGCAUCUCUGUCUUCCGUUGUGUUCGACUCCUUAGGAUCUUUAAGGUCACACGGCAUUGGGCAUCAUUGAGCAAUCUGGUGGCCUCUCUGCUCAACUCCAUGAAGUCCAUUGCCUCAUUGUUGCUGCUUCUUUUUCUCUUCAUCAUCAUUUUCUCCCUGCUGGGCAUGCAACUUUUUGGGGGCAAGUUUAACUUUGAUGAGACCGUGACCAAACGAAGCACAUUCGACAACUUUCCCCAAGCCCUACUCACUGUGUUUCAGAUUCUGACAGGAGAAGACUGGAAUACAGUGAUGUAUGAUGGAAUUAUGGCAUACGGUGGUCCAGCUUCCUCUGGAAUGGUGGUUUGCAUUUACUUCAUCAUCCUCUUCAUCUGUGGAAACUACAUCCUGCUAAAUGUGUUCUUGGCCAUUGCUGUCGACAACUUGGCCGAUGCUGAGAGCCUCAACACGGCACAGAAGGAAGAAGAAGAGGCCAAGAUGAGGAGGAACAGUGCAAAAGAGCUGGGCACAGAACAGAGAGUGGAAAUAACACAAGACACUGAUGGAGAGACAAAGGUGCCAGUUGAGCUCUUACUGGAGGAGGACAAAGAACUUUAUUCUGUCAAUGACUCACCAGUGUGCUGUGUGGAUGACGACAAUGAAGAUCUUCCCGAACUCCCAGUUGGACCCCGUCCUAAAAGACUGUCUGAACUUACUAUCAAGGAAAAAACUCCUCCCAUCCCAGAAGGCAGCGCCUUUUUCAUAUUUAGCAGUACCAACCCGUUUCGUGUGUUCUGCCAUAAGCUGAUAAACCAUCAGAUCUUCACCAACCUCAUCCUGAUCUUCAUCAUGCUGAGCUCUGUGUCUUUGGCUGCUGAGGACCCCAUACGCAACUUCUCUGCACGCAAUAUUAUACUUGGUUAUUUUGACUAUGCUUUCACGGCAAUCUUUACUGUUGAGAUCCUUUUGAAGAUCCUAGGCUAUGCAGACUAUGUCUUCACUAGUAUGUUUACAUUUGAGAUCCUUAUUAAGAUGACUGCCUUUGGAGCUUUCCUUCAUAAAGGAGCUUUUUGUCGGAACUACUUCAACUUAUUGGACCUGCUGGUUGUCGGAGUGUCGCUGGUGUCCUUUGGUAUUCAGUCCUCUGCAAUCUCAGUUGUAAAAAUUCUUCGUGUUUUGAGAGUCCUCCGGCCACUAAGAGCCAUUAACAGAGCCAAAGGACUUAAGCAUGUGGUCCAGUGCGUGUUUGUCGCCAUCAGGACAAUUGGCAACAUCAUGAUUGUCACGACGCUGCUGCAGUUUAUGUUUGCUUGCAUCGGAGUGCAGCUCUUCAAGGGUAAAUUUUAUCGCUGUACAGACGAUGCAAAGAGCAGCCCCGAUGAAUGCAAAGGCACGUACAUUCUCUACAAUAAUGGAGACACUGCACUGCCCAUGGUCAAGGAGCGGCUGUGGUUCAACAGUGACUUCAAUUUUGACAACGUCCUGAUGGCCAUGAUGGCUCUCUUCACUGUCUCCACCUUUGAAGGAUGGCCCACUCUCUUAUACAAGGCCAUCGACUCGAACCGUGAAAACAUGGGUCCCAUCUACAACUACCGCAUUGAGAUAUCCAUUUUCUUCAUCAUCUACAUUAUCAUCAUUGCCUUCUUCAUGAUGAACAUCUUUGUCGGUUUCGUGAUUGUCACUUUCCAAGAGCAGGGUGAGAAGGAAUACAAGAACUGUGAGCUGGACAAGAACCAGCGUCAGUGUGUGGAAUAUGCUCUCAAAGCCCGUCCCCUGCGGCGCUACAUCCCCAAAAAUCCAUACCAGUACAAGUUCUGGUAUGUGGUCAACUCCACUGGCUUUGAGUAUGUCAUGUUUGUCCUAAUCAUCCUCAACACCCUAUGCCUGGCUAUACAGCACCAUGGUCAGUCUCACCUGUUCAACUAUGCCAUGGACAUCCUGAACAUGGUGUUUACUGGUGUUUUUACUGUUGAGAUGAUCCUCAAGCUUAUUGCCUUCAAACCCAGGGGCUAUGUAGGGGAUGCCUGGAACGUCUUUGACGCCAUGGUGGUGAUUGGCAGUGUAGUCGACAUCAUACUCAGCCAGUCGGCAGCACUCCCUGUCGUCAAGGUGAUAGUGGAACCAGGGAACACAGAAGACAGUGCUCGCAUCUCCAUCACCUUCUUCCGCCUCUUUCGAGUGAUGCGAUUGGUAAAGUUGCUCAGCAGGGGGGAGGGCAUCCGGACACUCCUGUGGACAUUCAUCAAAUCCUUUCAGGCUCUCCCCUAUGUCGCACUUCUGAUAGCCAUGCUGUUCUUCAUCUAUGCAGUAAUUGGAAUGCAGGUUUUUGGCAAAAUAGCGAUGGUGGAUGGAACACAAAUCAACCGUAACAACAACUUCCAAACAUUCCCUCAGGCUGUCCUGAUGCUCUUCAGAUGUGCCACGGGUGAGGCCUGGCAGGAGAUCAUGUUGGCCUGUCUUCCUGGGAAGUUGUGCGACCAAGAGUCGGACUACAAUCCUGGAGAGGAGAAAACUUGUGGCAGUGGCUUUGCUAUCAUCUACUUCAUCACUUUCUACAUGCUCUGCGCUUUUCUGAUUAUUAACCUGUUUGUUGCCGUCAUCAUGGAUAACUUUGACUAUCUCACGCGGGAUUGGUCCAUUCUUGGGCCACAUCAUUUAGAUGAAUUUAAACGGAUCUGGUCCGAAUACGACCCAGAGGCAAAGGGCAGGAUAAAACACCUGGAUGUGGUAACCCUGCUGAGGAGAAUCCAACCUCCCCUUGGUUUUGGCAAGCUCUGCCCACACAGGGUGGCGUGCAAGCGUCUGGUUGCGAUGAACAUGCCUCUGAACAGCGAUGGCACAGUUAUGUUCAAUGCCACCUUGUUUGCCCUGGUACGCACUGCUCUGAAGAUCAAAACAGAAGGUAACUUGGAACAAGCUAACGAGGAGCUACGAGCUGUGAUCAAGAAAAUUUGGAAAAGAACUAGCAUGAAAAUGUUGGAUCAAGUAGUGCCCCCAGCAGGUGAUGACGAGGUAACAGUGGGGAAGUUCUAUGCCACCUUCUUGAUACAGGACUACUUCAGGAAGUUCAAGAGGCGCAAAGAGAAAGGCCUCGUGGGUAGGCGUUCAUUCGACAGGAUUAACACCACUAUGGCUCUGCAGGCCGGCCUGCGCACACUACAUGAUAUCGGACCUGAAAUACGUCGAGCCAUAUCAUGUGACUUGCAGGAUGAGGGGCUUGUCGAUUUGACCGAGGAGGAAGACGAGGGAAUUUACAGGCGCAAUGGCGGCCUUUUCGGUAACCAUGUCAACCACGUCAGUGCGACUCUGCAAGGCUCCACACACCCGACCACUGUCACUCAACGUCCUCUACAGAUCCUCCCCUUUUCCUGCAGUGCCUCAGUAGAACCCACCCAGAUGGGUCCAAGGGAAAAUGACAGAAGCGAGGAAACAGAAAUUACCUCCUCACCUGUCCAGUACAAUCAUCAUCAUCACACCUCUCAUCAAUCUGACUACUCCUGCUUUAAUUCCAAUCACCAACAAUUAGCUGUACCCUCCAACGCCAACCUAAACAAUGCCAAUGUGCCACUGCUUCUCUCCAUGACCCGUGGGAGACAGCAGAAAUGUUUGUUAUCGACAGACCGCCUGUCAUCCGCCAAAACGGGAUCACCAGUGUCCACCCGCAAAAAGCCAUGGAAAUCACUCUCCAUGAGGAGGCACUGCUAUGAGGCCUACAUUAGGUCAGAGGUUGGGAGGGGACGCCGCACUGUCUGUCCCAUAUCUGAGCCACGGAAAGCUGACAGUGAUGAAGAGCAAGGCUCAGUAGAGUACUACUACAGUGGGGAUGAGUCCCAGGAAGAUGACAUCAUGCUCGCUAGGGACCGGGUUCCCACCCAAGACUCCAACAACAUAGAGGGUGAAUUUGACGCUGAGGUGUCAAGCAUGGAACAUCAAUCAGAUUGUUUUUAUGAUGAUGACCAGCAGCCCAUAUGCCAAGACGGCAAGCAGUCACCUCGCAGAUGGCUUUUAGCGUCACCAAAAGCCCUCAACAGACCAACCUUCAGUUUUGAGUGUCUUCGCAGAAGAAAUAGUCAGGAGGAAGCUCCGCCUUCUCCUUCUUGCACAGCUCUGCCACUGCACCUGUUGCAGCAACAGGUCAUGGCGGUGGCUGGUCUAGAUGCCAGUAAACUUCAGCGUCUGUCCCCCACGCGGUCUGUGCAUUCCUGGGCCACACCCCCUGCGUCCCCUCUAGCCUACGAUUCGUCACCCUGCUACACCCCGCUCAUACAGGUGGACUGGAGAAGUUCAGGAAGUGUUGGCAACAUCCCAGCUUCGGUAAAGAGGAGUUCAUGGUACACUGAUGGACGAGACAGCACCGCCCAUGGUGAACACUCCCACUCACGACUCCAGCUUCCUGCUAAGAGUUGCUCACGUUUCCUGAAGAAGGGAGGCAGUGCCAACAGUCUAGUAGAGGCUGCGUUGAUAUCUGAGGGUCUGGGUAGAUAUGCCAGGGACCCCAAUUUUGUGUCCGCCACCAAACAUGAGAUUGCAGACGCAUGCGACAUGACCAUUGACGAGAUGGAGAGCGCCGCCAGUAAUCUGCUGAACGGCAGCCUGGCUGACACUAGCAGGGACGCGGCGGUAAACGCGGAUCCUGUUGUGCAAAACAUGCGGGACUACAGUGACGAGGAGAUGUAUGUGGCCAUGAAACGAGAGGAGGAUCUCACGGAUGAGAUGAUUUGCGUCUCGUCACUAUAGCAGCAACCAACUUUGAUUUAAAAAAAAAAAAUUCUGCUGCUUUUUCCACACUAAAAGAACCGGUGUGCUCCCAACAAUACACGACAUGCAAAAGAAGUGCCUUGUUUUCUCUUUCUACACGAAAAGAAGACCUCUGAUAAAAACAAAUAUCAAUACGAGAACAUGGAUGUGUAUUUGAUUAAUAAUUUCUUCAUUAAUGGUGACGGUUGAGAUCGUCUUGCUCUGUUAAAAGCCAUUCCGAAUCCUAUAAAUUCACUUUGACAACAACAAGAGCGGUGAUCAUUAUGGUGAUAAAGUGUGUCUGUUGCAUAAAACAUCAUAGAUUUGUGUUGUUUAACUGUGGGUCAACUUUAAACUGGAUUCCAAAUGUUGUCUUGCACAUUAACUAUAUCUGUAAUUCAGUGGAAUCUCUUAGGUGAAAACCAUUUUACCCCAUAAAAAUAAUGAUCAUACAUACAUGUGUAAAAAAGAUUUGCUGAUUUAUCAUUUAUGAUACAUUCACCCUUAACUUUGAUCAGAUGUUCGUGUUAAUACUUGCAUCUUGCAUACUCAGCUGUUUUUCCAGUGAAACCUCCAAUGUUUUGCAAUCGGAAUCUUUGAUUCCCAUGAGAAUUAUUUUCAGUUUCUAAAUAAUGCAAUUCUUUUACUUGAGAGGUCCCACUUUGUAUACUUAGUUUCAGAGUGCAGGGGUCACAUCUGAUUUCAUGUCACUGGCUAGACUUGAAAAGAAAAAACAAAAACAACAACAUAUCAUUAUACAAUACAGCACAGUCCAGGAAUGCUAGUAAAUAACUAUAAGUGGACAUCUUAUUAAAUAAUACGCUUAAUUAUUUUCUUUUUGUAAAACUGUAAAAUAAUGGUAAUGAUUAUUUUAAAUGUUCUUUUCUCAUUUGAAAAACCCCCAAAUAAAAUUCAAUAUGAAAUUAUUGACCCAGGCAAAGUAAAACGGAUCAAUAACCACUGCAAAAUAUUUUGAUUGAGUGAGGUCACUGUCGGUCAAUAUUUGAAAACUGCAUGAAAAGUGCAAUUUGUUGACUGGGUUGACUGAGUUUCAUGGUUUCAAAGUUUUUAUCAUGCAAAAGUCACAUCAAGCACAACGGUCUCGCCUAAUAAAGAUAUACCUUACCUCAAAAAUUACAUUUACAGCAGAGAACUGUUUAUGAAUUGACAAGUUAAAUGUUCAGAUACAGUGCCAUGAAAAAGUUUUGGUCCCCUUCUCAAAUUCUUUGUUUUCCCUCGAUUUUUAAAAAUCGCCACACAAAUGUAUCAGACAAAAAUUAUUUAUCUAAACAAGUUUUUUUAAUAACGCUUUUACUCAUCAAGGGGAUACAAAAAAACCUUGAAAGUUACCCAGACUUGUUCACUGAUUAAUUUUCUGUGACUGAUCACAUUUUUGGGAAAGCAGAGUUCAAUAGCAUAGUUCACAUUCAAGCCUAAUUCUUGUCAAACUGAUUUAAUCAGGAAUCCACUUAAAUAAAAUUUCCUGAAGAUCUAAAAAAAACAACAACAAAAAUGUACAGCUAAAUGCCACGAUCAAAAUAAAAAAAAGUUGACAUGUAAACCAUAGUGGAAUCCUUUAUCCAUUAACGGCUAAAACUUUCUCAAGGAACUUUGCAGAAAAUUGUAUUUUUUUUUUUUUUACCCACAGGCCAGCAAAACACACACUCAAACAACCUUGGCCUUUUAUUUCUGCAUGUUUUACGAUAAAACCACUCCCAUUUACAAUUUUGUAACACGAUAUAUUAAUGGAAUUCUAAUAAUACAAUUAAAGGGCUUCUUGAAAUGUGAAACCAAAAACAAAAAAUUAACAUGUGCACAUUCAUUCUAAACAACUCAGGAUUUCCACUAUCUUCAAAUAUAUUUUGAUUGUAACAUUCCCAAGUUAAAGGGGAAGUUAAGAAAUUUUAACAUUAGGCUGGCUAUGUUUUCAGGAUAAAGUUAUUAAUACUUACCAUUGCAUGUCAAUAUUUGUAGGAUGAAGUAACAGCAACAUUUGUAAUCCAACAGCUCUGCAGGGAACAGGCUGUCUAGGCCAGUGUUUUUCAACCGGUGUGCCGCGGCACACUAGUGUGCUGUGAGGGAUCGUCAGGUGUGCCACGAGAAAUUAUCCAAUAUCGUUUUUUUAAUUUUUUUUUUUUUAACGUCGUCGGGAGGAGUGGAGUGGGGUGGAGUUGCAGUAGGAAGGAAGAAGUAGGUAGAAAGUUCUCGGUCAUGUGCAGAUGAGCGAGGUAUUGCUCAUGUCACGUUCAAAAACUGCUCAGAUUUCUAGCCAUCGGUCACCUUGCUGUCCGCGACAAUGUGGACCCAAGCACGUCCACUUUACAUCAUUUGUUUAGACUCAAGUGUAGAUAUACACGAAUGUGUCCUUUCCAUUGUAUCCAUAUAUGAUGACCGUCAAUCCUCCCGCUGUGUUUUAUUCCAACACACUGUCGAGGACAGCAAUGUGAUGGCUAGAAAUUCGAGCAGUGUUUUGAACGCGACACGAGCAGCUAUACAACAACACCAUGGUGCCAAGCAAGCUUAAACAUCAUCUCCAAACAAAACACCCGUCGCAUCAAACUAUGGACUAUUUUGUUCGCCUUCAUGAAAACACAGAGAAACGGGCAACUUUUUGGAGGAAAAACUACAAAGGUAAAUGAGAAAAGAAAACUACAAAGGUAAAUGAGAAAGCCCUCAAAACCAGUUCGCUUGUUGCUGAACUUGUUGCUAAAUACAAAAAGUCCCACACUGUGGCAGAGACAUUAAUACUACCUGUCUGCAAAGCCAUUGUCAGCGAGUCGCUCGACCCUGAUGCGGUUAAAGACAUAAGCGGAGUUUAAGGGGGGGCAGGCCCUAAUGGCUGAAAAUUGUCAUUGCAUGUAAUUGACUUUCCUCUAUAUAUAUAUAUAUAAGUUGUAAAGCAUUAAAGGAAACAACAAAAAUUAGUAAACGAACAAAAAAGAUAUUUUUAUAAUGGGUCAAAAUAAUUUUUUGAACAGAUCAUGUGACUAUCACCUUAAACGGUCAUUUGCUUUGCAUAUUAUUUAAAAACGAAAAAAAUUCGGGGAGGGCAAUUUUAUUUUUCAAAUGAUUUUUACCUUUGUUUGAAAAUAUUUUUUUUUUUGAUUGAAGCAACUUUUUGGGGGAUUUAAUGACUUAGACACCAAUGUCCUACCCAUAAUAUGGCCCUACAUCAAAACGAUUGCUAAAAUCAAAGAAAACCUUUUUAAUUAAAAAAUAAAUGUGUUCAAAUGCAAAUAUUUGAGUCUCAAAUAUUUUUUCGCAUUCAAAAACUUUUUUUCGAUGAUUGAUUUUUUUUUUUUUUUUUUUGAUUGAAGUGAUUUUUCGUUUGAAAAUGUUUUUUGUUUGAAGCAACUUAUUUUUGGAUUGAAUAAUAAAGACACAAAUGUCCUAGCCAAAAUGUGGCCCAAACGCAAAACAUUACUUCAAUCAGUUGCUUCAAUAAAAAAAAACUGAUUUCAAUCACCCCCAAAAUUCAAAGAAAAAUAGCUUUCAAAUGCAUAUUUUUGAGUUUCAAAUUCAUUUUUACAUUGAAACACUUUUUUUUUUUUGAUCGAAUAAUGAAGACACAAAUCUAUCUCCAUAUGGCUCCGCCCAGGGGAUACAAUUUUUGACUGGGGUAACUACAUUGGCACGACACCGGCGGGCAUACCAUAUUCAAUGGAUGACGAUCUUGGCGAAAAGUAUAGCUGUCCUAAGCGGCCUGAUUUAGAAUUCCCCUCAAGAAUGAGGGGAAUAAAAAACGCUCAUUUUCAACUUAUUAUUAUAAACAUCUUGUAAGUUAAUUUUAUUGCUGAAACUGCGUUUUGGGGUCAUCAACAUGUUGUGCCCCCCGGCCCAAAAGUCAAACUCCGCCUAUGGUUAAAGACAUUGCUGAAGUCCCUUUCUGAUAAUUUAGAAAAAAUUUAGAAAACUGUAUUUCUUUGUAAAUAGCUCAUGUUACGAUGUGGGCCAACGCGGCAUAUAGACAGGAGAGGCUUAUGUAUGUACAAAAUGGUUUUUCCUUUAAAAAUGAACUGGGUAAUGCUUGUAAUCAGGGGCGCCCAUUAUUCCAGAAAUCAUGUUAAGUAUAAAUACUGAGGAAUUAUUUUUAUAAUUAAAUAUACUGUACAGAAAGUAAUUUUGGAACAUUUUUGGUGUGUGGUGUGCCGCGAGAUUUUUAUCAAUGUAAAAACGUGCCGUGAUUUAGAAAAGGUUGAAAAACACUGGUCUAGGCAAGCAAGGUGGAGUGACAUCACAUCGUUUUCUUCAUUGCUGAUGUUUUUUGGUGGGAACGAAAGGGACUUCCUGCCCCCAAAUAAAUCACUGACACACUGUACUUUUUACUCUUUGACCACGACAAGGCUUAGUUUGAACAGUUAGACCAGUUAAUAUUGUUUUUUAUUGGCAUGCUUGCAAGCACCAUUGCCUAGCCACUCUGAAGCCCUACAACUAACAAACUUCAAGGAAUUUGUUGAAACCAAGUCCAACGACUUCAACCCCCUGCUAACACGAAAAUUAAGCCCAAUGUCAAAAAUUCUGAACUUCCCCUUUAGAGUCAAUAAAAUUCUUUUGCACUUAAAUAACUAAUACAUUUGAAGUGAUUGAUUAACAUAUUAUGAAGGAAAGACAAUCUGUUUUAAAAAUAUAAGAACAUUUUUUAAUGAGUUUUUCAACCAUCAUGUGGCAUGUAUGCCUAAUUUAUCUCUUUACUAACCCACUAGAAGUUAAAAAAAAAAAAAAACUCCCAAUUGCCUAUGUCACAAAAUGAUUUGCAAUCGAGAGCAACCGAUAACACCAACAGAAGAUUGACUGCAGUUGUUAUGGGUGUUACAUUUUGUGAGGAAAUUGUGUUUUGUGCAUUCUUUAUUUUUAUUUAAUUCAUGUUUGUAAUGUUCUGCUGCUUAACACGUUUGAUAAUUGUAAGGUAAAGUUCCUGUUUUUUACAUAACUGUGGUACAAAAUAAAAAACAUCAGCCUCUAUCAGCACUGUUGCACAUAGAUUUUCUAACACUGGCGUACAAAAUCACCGUUUUAUUUGAUGCAAUUCAUUUUCUAUUCAUUUGAACUCUGGACAGGCUUGUUAUUAUCCAAUGUGGGGAAGGCAGCGUCAAAAUAAUGUACUAGGGCCCUAAGCAAUGGAGAGUUACUGAAGUUCUAUUUAAAUGUGCCAUUAGGAUAUUAAAGAUAUUAACCAUUUCAGGGACAGUGGUUACUACAGUGGAAGUCUAUUCAAAGGUUUAUCAUUGGCUUAACACAUUCACUGUGUAGGGCACAAAGUAUGUGUUUUAGUAGUUAGUAAAAGAGAGAAAUUGAUAUUGAAAUCAUCUAUUGACGGCAAUAGACUUCCAAUGCAUCCAGUGAUGCAUCCAGUGAUUAUAUCGAUUUAUUUUUCGAAGUUUUAUUUUCUUCUUCUUUUUUUUUUUGUUUGUUACUGAUGGCUCUUUUAUUUGCGUUUUUACUUACUACUAUUAAAAUAAUAUAUUAUUUUCCCAAAGUGGAUCCUUCAACUAAUUUAUUCAUUUUAUUGAAAUUGUUGAUAUAUUUUUUUCCCCAUUACCUAUUACAAAGUAGUUUCAGACCCCUGCCCUAUAUGCAUGUAAUAAAAAACAUUUACUGCAAAAACAAAAACUCAACAUUUGUGCGUGAAUGUAUUAAUGAGAAACUUCCAUGAUAAGGUUGCUUUAAUGAAAUUGAAUUAACACCUGCAGAGCCAACCUAAAACACUUCAGUUACAAAAAGUUCAUUGCAUCAGGGAGGACUAGUGAACUAUUUUUUAGCCUGUCCUGUCAAGCUGUUUAGACAUGGAGAAAAGUUAUCUGGGGGGCUUUAUCGACUGAAGAGUUUUAAUGAGCCACAUGGGAGUAUGGUGUACUGUUGUAGUUGUUUAUUCAGACGAAGAAGUGGACAGGGUCAAAAAGAUAAAUAUUUGAUACCGGUGGUCGGCAACCU